AUGCAGAAAGACAGAAUUCAACAUCAAGAUAAAAGUACAGCUAAAGGUCUUGCAGGCAAUGAAUUUUCUGGAAUCCCUCGAUCUAGUCAGGUGAAGCAUUCUCAUUUAGUUCCAGUUGUUGAUCAGGGAAGGCAUCAUUCUCAACAGAUAACAUAUGGGUCUAAUAAUAACCAACAAAAACCUGCUGCAUCUGCAAUGUUACAAGCACCUCCGCCCGGACUGCCUUCACAUGCACAAGCACCAGGACUUCAUCCCAAUCAAGUUAGGCCUCAGGGACCAAGACAGACUCUAGUUCCACCUGAAAAUUUUGCUCCUCCCUUUGGUGGAGGACCAAGUAGUUAUGGUCCUCAAGGGCCUUAUAAUGAAGCUCCUGUUUCUGGUGCUCCUAGGUUGCCUAGACAAGGUGAACAUUUGAAUCCAUUCCCUUUGGAUCAUUCCCAACAAUUCGGUGAUCGAGGAAAAUUUGAUGAUGAUCUUAAACAAUUUUCUAGGCCUUCUCAUUUGGAUUCUGGUCCUGUUCCUAAAUAUGGGAGCUAUUUUUCCUCAUCAAGAUCCCUCGAUAGAGGUCCUCAUGGUUUUGCUAAGGAUAUGGGACCAUGGGCUCAUGAGAAGGACCCUCGUGGUUUGAAUUUUGAUCCUAUGAUUGACUCUGGCCCUUCUCGAUUCUUGCCACCAUAUCAUCUUGAUGAUGCAGGAGAACCAGUUGGUCUUCCUGAAGAUACUCUAGGCAGACCGGGUUUUCUUGGAACAGUUCCCGGCUAUGGUCGGCAUCUUAUGGAUGGUUUUGUCUCUAGAAGUCCAGGCAGAGACUAUUCAGGGAUAUCGUCACACAGAUUUGGAGGACGUCCUAGUGAUGAGAUAGAUAGGCGGCGUGGAUUCGAUGAUAGAUUUUCAGGUUUUCCUAUACAUAGGGGUGGGUUUGAGAGUUCUGAUCACAUGGCAGAGCAUUUUGGUCCAGAUACUCGACCCCCACACUUCAUCAGGGUGAAAAUUUUGGUCGUCAUAACAUGCCUGGUCAGGUGCGGAUGGAAGGACCUAUUGGCUUUGGUGAGUUUCUAG